CCGGACGUGGUGCUUGCGGCGCCUGGGGAUGGACGGCGAGUGGCUGCAGCUGGAGGCCGGCCGCGAGGACUUAAUCUGAUCCCUGAACAUUCACUCGUCUCUCACAACCCUGUAGGAAAACUUAAUCAAGUGUUGACUUACUCAGUUCUGUGGAAUCUGUUAUUCUGGCCAGCUUGCCAGCCCUGGAGUGGCAAGGGCAACAGGGCUGUAAAGCCCUCCUCAACAUGUUCUGCACAGUUGUGUGGAACCAUAUUCAUGUGGGGAGAGACCCCUGGAAACCAAGAGAAUGCCGAAGACAGUGUGAGGAUUGACCUGCCUGGUGACUGCACAGUCAGCUUGUUGGCAGGGUUUGAAUCCAAGCCAGCAUGAGGUCUGACUGCAGUGGUUUUGGAUAAUAGUACAGGUGUUAGAAUUGUUUGUCUAAGGUUUUGGGAGCUGUGCUGGUGUCAUCUAAUCAUAAAGCUAAGCUAUGGGAAGAAUGACUGAGAGGAGCUGAAAGCACCGAGCUAGGAAGUGUGACCUAAGAUGAGUGAAGAGACCUAGAGCAGAAAUGACUGCAGCUACUAGAAUUAUUCACAGUUUCCAUGUGGGGAUGAAGGACACACAAAUCAAAGGUGACUAUAGGACGGGGAUUUGGUGUCACAUACCAACUGAUAUCAAAGAUAUGCCCUCUGAUGAUUUCUCGAAACCACUGUGUUUUGAAGCAGAAUCCUGAGGGACAGUGGACAAUUAUGGACAACAAGAGUCUGAAUGGUGUUUGGCUGAACAGAGAGCGCCUGGCACCAUUACAGGUUUAUUGCAUCCAUAAGGGAGACCAUAUUCAGCUUGGAGUGCCCCUGGAAAAUAAGGAGAAUGCGGAGUAUGAAUACGAAGUUGUUGAAGAAGACUGGAAGAGUCUGUCUCUCUGCCUGGCCCCCAAGAAUGACCAGACAGUGGGAAAAAAUAAAGGCUUGAGAACUAAGAGGAAAUUCAGUUUGGAUGGAUCAGAGAGUCUUGAAGCUGAAGGUCCCUCAGAUCUCAAAUGCAAAGCAAUAACUAAAGUCUCUUGUAAGCCAGUGCAGUUACAGGGAAAAGGUGAAGCAGCCAGUCAGCCCUUGGAAUAUUUGUGCCCUAAGUUGACUUCUCUUGAGGCAAGUGAAAAGACCACGGAGCCUCACGCUUGCUCUACUCUUCCGAAUCUUCCGAAGGCCAUCGAACUUUAUCCUAAGAAGCAGAAGGCCUCCAGCCUUUCAGCAUCCCAGAGCAGCUUAGAACUGUUUAAGGUGACCAUGUCUAGGAUUCUGAAGCUGAAAACACAGAUGCAUGAAAAGCAGAUAGCUGUUCUGAAUGUGAAGAGGCAGACCCGAAAGGGGAGCUCAAAGAAAAUCGUGAGGAUGGAGAAGGAACUGAAAGAUAUACAGUCUCAGCUGUACGCAGAGCAGGCUCAGCAGCAGGCAAAACUAGAGCAGCUGGAGAAGACUUUCCAGGAAGAGGAGCAUCACCUCCAGGGUUUGGAGAAAGAGCAAGGAGAAGAGGACCUGAAGCAACAGCUGGUCCAGGCUCUGCAGGAGCAUCGGGCUCUAAUGGAAGAACUAAGUCGAAGCAAGAAGGACUUUGAGAAAAUCAUUCAAGCCAAGAACAAAGAAUUGGAGCAGACCAAGGAAGAAAAGGACAAAGUCCAAGCGCAGAAGGAGGAGGUUCUCAACCACAUGAAUGAUGUGCUGGAGAACGAGCUCCAGUGCAUCAUCUGCUCGGAGUACUUCAUCGAGGCUGUCACCCUGAAUUGCGCCCACAGUUUCUGCUCCUUCUGUAUCAGCGAAUGGAUGAAACGGAAAGUAGAGUGUCCCAUUUGUCGAAAGGACAUUGAGUCCACGACCCACUCCCUGGUUCUGGACAAUUGCAUUAACAAGAUGGUGGACAGUCUAAGCUCCGAAGUGAGAGAACGAAGAUGUAUCCUUAUUAGGGAGCGAAAAGAAACAUUACAGGAUGGGCCCAGACGCAUCAUCCGGUGCUUGCCUGCUGGAGGGACAGGAAGGCAAGGAGACCGAGCUCCACAGCAGGGUUCCGUGCAGCUUCAGAGCAAGGACCGCUCAAGCUGCUCUGGGCAGGUGGAGAUGACAGAGGAUCCUGUAGAGGAAGUGAUAUUUGGGCCAAGCCUUUUGGCUUCCUGUAAGCUUGUUUUCUAAAAGAGGUCAAGGCACAUGACUUGCCAAACAACCAAGACUAGGAGGGACCUGCUGGCGGGUGAGAAGGCUUGCUUUUGUCGGCCUGGGAACCAGAUUGGCUCAGGAUCAGGUCUGACCUUUGAUCUGGAAUGUGUUGUCCAUGUUGGGGUGAGGUGCCUCUGAGAGUUUACUUUCCCAGCACAUGCCUCUGUUCUCAUCAGUCCAGUCACAGCUGAUGACUGUAGAAGAGCCUAUCACCUGUCUCCUCUUACCUAGAGUCACUUGUAUGGACUACAUAGCCAAUCCCGCUCCCCUUCUCUGCAGAGGCUAAAUGGCCUAUCCCUGGGCCUCUCUGGAACAGUAGCGACUGUAAAGGAAGCAGCUCCCUGUGGCAUACACAUCUCUGAGAUUUUCUCUAGACAAGACUUGAUCUAGGGAAAGAUGCGCCAGAGCCAUCAGCUUUGCUGGGUCUUAAAGAGAAUUCCAAAUGAAAUGCCAGCUUCUCAAUGUUCUGCUGACAUUUAAAAGCUGCGUUGUUCCUUAGUGCAUGGGAAUUUUUAAAAAGAUCUUAGGAUCUGAGGCUGGAGAGAUGGUUCAGUGAUCAAGAGCACUUCUGCUCUCCCAGAGGACCUGUGUUCAAUUCCCAGCUCCCACAUGGGGGCUCACAGCUGUCUGUAACUGCAGUUCCAAAGGGAUCUGACACCUUUGGCUGCCUUGGGUACCAGGUAUGCAUAUGUUCUGUAUACAUAUGUGUAGACAAAACACCCAUACAUACAUAAAGCAGGAAACAAAAGGAAUAAAAAACAAACAUAGGCGCUGGGAACUAGCAAGCAUUUGGUUGUUUCCCAUGCAGAUAUCCCAACUCUCCGAGAACAGUGCCUUCCUCAGCCUCCCUGCCUGUUGGGUGUCUCCAAGUUUGAAAUAUCAUUGGGACAGACUCUGAAGCCUGAGGAGAAGAGUUGGUAUUAGGAAGCAUGCCUUGCAGCUGGGGUAGAUAACAUACAUUCAAAGUCAGGCAUUUGCACCAGGGCUCAUAUGGCUGUGAAACAGUGACACAGGCACCUUCUGAGGGAAAAGAUUUGAAAUUCCCCAUGGGAAGCUGGUAAGGGGAGGGAUGUUCAACUAUGUUUACCCUUGGAUUUCCCCAGCAGUUACUCUUUUUUUUUUUUUCCUCCUGGUUUCAUGGUGGUUGUAGGGUGAGUUUGAGAGUCUUAACAGCCUCGAACUCGUAGCUGUCCUCCCCUUGAACCUCCCAAGUGUUGGGCUCUUAGGCUUAGGCCACUGUGCCCAGCUCUCCUGGAGUUUCUGAAAUGAAAGAAGCAGGAGACAUACUGGAUGGUAGGAGUCCUUACCUAGCAUGGGAGGGGGACAGUAUACAAAACCAAAAGAUCUGGAGGUAAAAAUUGUGUGUGUGUUUGUGUGUGUAUUUCUCAACUUUGGCUUCUUCAGAUUGCGUUCUCCCUAGUGCCACCAAGCCCAGUUAUAAGCUUUUUAUUUUUAAAAAUGUAUGCUUUGCAAAAUUAUUACAGGAUGAAAAUUAAUAGAUACUACUUUCUUCAUUACUGCUCCCCCCUUUUUUAAAUUCUUUCUGAGCUAACUCAGUUUUUUACUGCUUUCCCUUUGACCCUUCCCCCCUUUUUCCUUUGUCUUUUUUUUUAGUUUACCUCCUGAGGGUGCCCCCCUCCCUGCUCUCCUCCCAGUUCUCCCCGCCACUCUUCCCCCUUCCUUCUUCCUCUCUUCCUUUCCCCCCAGAAAAAGAGAAACCCUCCCCCCAGAUUCACCUCCCCCAGCACAUCGGGUCAUAUCAGGACUGCUCCUAUAUUCAGCCCCUGAGGCCAGGCAAGACAGCACUGCCAGGGGGCAGUGACCCAGAAGCAGGCACUAUCCAGUCCAUGUUAGAAACAACACUCCCUCCACCCACCAGGCGCCCCGUAUGAAGACCAAGCUGCCUGUGGGUUACAUGUGUGCGGGGGUCCAGACCAUGCAUGCACCUUAGUUGAUGUCUCAGUCUCUGAAAGGCCCCAUGUGCCUGCGUUAGUUGUCUCUGUUGGUCUUCUGGAGAGGUUCCUGUCCCCUCCAGGAACAAAGAGAGGAGAGGUGGAAGGACCUUUGCCUUUUGUUCUUUUUCUCAUCAUCAAAAUAAGAGAUUUCAUCUGUUUAAUUUGUUUCCCUUUUUAUUGUUAAUCGAUAACUCAGGAUACAAUUGAAAUGACAAGAAGGGCGGAGAGAUGGUAAAGUGCUUACAAGCAUGAGGAACCAAGUUUGAUUCCCAGAGCCACUUAAAAGACUGGACCUGCUGGCACUUAAAAUCCCUGCUUUGGGGUAGUGGCAACAAUCAUGUCCUUGAGGCUGGCUGGGAGCUUCCUCAGUGGGCCUCGGGGCAUAGUGAAAGAUCGUCUCAAAGAACUAUAGGUGCAUAGCUGAGGAAGAACACCCAAGGUUGACUGGCCUCCACACUCACGUGCAGACAUUUGUGCUCCCUGUAUGCACACACACCCAUGGGAGUGCGUGCAUGCAGGGCCGUGACGGUGCCGUCACAGGGACUGUUGGAGACAGGACUGUCCUUUUGGUGGUGGUCAGUUCUGGGGCUGAGUGGACUGUAUGAACUAGUGACUAGUGACUCAGGAAGUCCCUCACACUUCUUCCGAGUCUGUAGUCCUUGUGAUUGCAGAGGCUCCCUUCCGCUCACAGGUACAGGUGUUCUCCGACUUAGUGGUCUGUAGUGAGAUGUCUCUGCCAUGUCACCAGAAGCCACCAUCUGUUUGUAAGCACAGGAAAGCCUCCCCGGGUGACAACCGUCUUCCCAAGUGCUGGCAAUUGUACCACAAAGACAGUUGCGUUUGGGAGAACCAUGUUGUGUUUAAGCAGAGGGCCCUGGGAUGCCCUGGACGCCCUGCCCACCUCACGUUUAAAUACAGUGCAUGCUCUAGUACUAGAGAGUCGGUGGCUCUGAGCCUUUCAUGUCUAGGUGAAGACUUGCUUGCUAGCCCAGGUGGGAUCCUCUUGCUGAUGGAGGCUGUUUGGGUAAUACCAUCAGCCCACAGCCCAGCUUCCACCAGGACCAAGCUUCAGACAGUGACAUGAGCAGCUUUACGGUCUCCCUUUACUCUGGUGGUUGUGGAGAACAGGCGAAGAUGGCAGUGAUGGAAGGGGGAUGAGAGAGGACGAAACACAGGCUCCUCCUUCACUUACUCAUUUGUCUUUCCU